CGUUUGACACACAAAUAAACACUAAAACAACUCUCAAUCUCCCAAAUGGCAACAACAAGAAGUCUUCUUGCAGCUUCUGCCAUCUCUCACCCACACCCAACUCACCCUUCAAUAAAUACCUAUUUUGCCACCCACCCCCACACUCUUCUCCAACCUAUGCUCAAAAGAUUGUUCUUUUCUUCCCUAAAUCGCACCCAUUUUCGCCCCAAUUCACCACUCAAAUUUCGCCCAAUUUUAUUCUUAUCAUCACCAUCUUUAUCAUCCCUCAAUCCACCAACAAGAGUCUUCACCAUGGCUGCAAAAGAUCACACCUUUACAACCUCAACUUCCACUCAAAACAAGCACACUAAUCGUCUUGCUUCAGAACAUAGCCCUUAUCUUCUUCAACAUGCUCAUAACCCUGUUAACUGGUAUCCAUGGGGUGAAGAGGCAUUUGAGGAAGCUCGCAAGAGGGAUGUGCCCAUUUUCUUAUCAAUUGGAUACAGUACCUGCCACUGGUGUCAUGUGAUGGAGGUAGAAUCUUUUGAAGAUGACGGGGUUGCAAAAUUGCUUAAUGACUGGUUUGUUAGUAUCAAAGUGGAUCGCGAAGAACGACCCGAUGUCGAUAAGGUGUACAUGACCUAUGUCCAAGCUCUAUACGGUGGCGGUGGAUGGCCGUUAAGCGUCUUUCUUUCCCCUAAUUUGAAGCCUCUGAUGGGCGGAACUUAUUUUCCCCCUGACGAUAAGUACGGGAGGCCAGGGUUUAAAACCAUCCUUAGAAAAGUGAAAGAAGCCUGGGAGAGUAAGAAAGACGUGCUUAUUAAAAGUGGCACAUUCGCUAUUGAACAAUUGUCGGAAGCAUUGUCUAUUAGCAAGUUAUCUGACAAACUAUCGGAAGAAAUUGCCCAGAGUGCAUUGCACAAAUGCACAAAAUCCCUUGCCGAAAGUUAUGAUCUGAAAUAUGGUGGAUUUGGCUCAGCCCCCAAGUUUCCACGCCCAUCAGAGCCGCAUUCAAUGAUAUAUCAGUCAAAGAAAUUAACGGAAUUGGGAAAAACAGAUGAAGCUGAAAAACAUCUAAAAAUGGUGUCAUUUAGCUUGCAGUGCAUGGCAAGAGGUGGGGUCCAUGAUCAUGUUGGUGGUGGUUUUCAUCGUUACAGUGUGGAUGAGUGCUGGCAUGUUCCACAUUUUGAGAAGAUGUUAUACGAUCAGGGUCAACUUGCGAAUGUGUAUCUUGAUGUUUUCUCUAUCACAAAAGAUGUAUUUUACUCGUGUGUGGCUCGUGAUAUUCUUGAUUAUUUGAAGAGGGACAUGAUUGGAAAUAAUGGUGAAAUCUUUUCUGCUGAGGAUGCUGAUAGUGCUGAAUCCGAAAACCGUACAACAAAGAAGGAAGGUGCUUUUUAUGUGUGGACCAUUAGUGAGAUUGAAGACGUAGUUGGCGAGCACGCGAGUCUUUUUAAGGAGCACUAUUACAUCAAGAAAUCAGGAAACUGUGAUCUUUCUUCUAUGAGUGAUCCACACGAUGAAUUUAAAGGGAAAAAUGUACUGAUCGAAAGGAAAAGUACCAAUGAACUAGCAUCGAAACUCGGUAUGCCACUGGAGAAUUAUCAAGAAAUUCUUGGUGUAUGCCGUAAAAAACUUUUUGAAGCAAGAUCGAAGCGGCCUCGACCUCAUCUUGAUGAUAAGGUCAUCGUAUCCUGGAAUGGACUAGCGAUUUCAUCAUUUGCUAGAGCAUCUAAAAUCCUCAAGACCGAACCCGAGGACACCAAAUUCAACUUUCCUGUUGCCGGAAGUAACUCACAGGAGUACAUGGAAGUUGCAAAGAAAGCACUGAAUUUUAUAAAGGAAAACCUUUACAACCCACAAUCUCGAAGACUGCAGCACAGUUUCAGAAACGGGCCUUCAAAAGCUCCUGGAUUCUUGGAUGACUACGCAUUUUUAAUUUCAGCGUUACUUGAUGUGUACGAGUAUGGUGGUGAAAUUUCUUGGUUAUCUUGGGCAGUUGAACUUCAAGAAAUACAAGAUGAGGUGUUUCUUGAUAAAACCGGGGGUGGUUAUUUCAAUACCACAGGAGAAGAUGAAUCGGUUCUUCUUCGUGUGAAAGAAGACCAUGAUGGGGCUGAACCGUCUGGCAACUCGGUUUCAGCAAUAAAUCUUGUGAGGCUUGCAUCUAUGUUCACGGGCACGAGAUCUGAUCGUUACAGACAAAAUGCAGAGCACCUUCUGGCGGUGUUUGAGAAGCGGUUGAAAGAGGCACCCGUGGCUGUUCCAUUAAUGUGUUGCGCAGCCGAUAUGCUCGCCAUUCCAUCAAAGAAGCAAGUUGUCUUGGUGGGGAAGAAAUCAUCUCCCCAGAUGGAACACAUGCUUGUUUCCGUUCAUGCAUCAUAUGAUCCCAACAAAAUUGUGAUACACAUAGACCCAAGUGAUGAAGAAGAGAUGGGAUUCUGGAAGGAGAAGAACCCUAAUGUUGCUGCAAUGGCGAAGAGCAACUUUGUAACGGACAAUGUUGUGGCUCUUGUGUGUCGGGACUUUGCGUGUAAAGCUCCGGUCAUGGAUCCUAAAUCUCUUGAAGCUUUGCUUUUAUCAAGGAAAGCUUAGACGGUGUGCGACUAAUGUUUUGUUGGUCGAGUGGCUAGCCACAUGGUGCCUGCAUAUAUGUUAAUAAAAUGUUUGUGUACAAUGUUCGGUUCGGCGUUGACUGUUAAUAGGGGCUGUAAAUUAUGGCUAGAUGAUACUAACCAUGGUAGAUAUAUAGGUUUGCAAGAUCCUUAUCUUGUUAAUAUCUUGAAUACUCCUCAAUAAUACUUCCCCUGUUUUUUUUGCA